AUGCCGGAAGAUGUGGAUCUAGAAAAAGCGGACGCGCAACAACCAAUACCCGCUGUGCCUCAAGACGGCCAGACGAGGACCGAUCUCGUCGACUUCGACGGCCCCAACGACCCUGCAAACCCCAAGAACUGGACCAAGCGGCGAAAAUGGGGCGUGACACUGUCAAUGGCAUCGCUAGUCUUCACAGUGACCUUCUCCAGCUCCAUCUUCAGCGUUGCGAUUGGCGUUGUGGCCGAGGAGUACCAUGUCAGCGAGAUCGUCGCGACGCUGGGUGUGACAUUAUUCGUACUGGGCUUCGUCUUUGGCCCCAUCAUGUUCGGCCCCAUGUCCGAGGUCUUCGGCCGCCGCAUCCCCCUCUUCUCUGGCUACAUCGUCUUCGCCAUCUUCCAAAUCCCCGUCGCCGUGGCGCAGAAUAUCGAAACCGUCAUGCUGGGGCGCUUCCUGGGCGGCUUUUUUGCCUCUGCGCCGCUUGCCGUUGUAGGAGGAGGGUUGGCCGAUAUGUGGGACCCCAUCGAUCGGGCCUACGCUAUAUGCGUCUUCGCAGCGGGUGGAUUCGCUGGACCCGUCGUGGGACCACCUGUCGGCGGUUUCAUCACUCAGUCUUAUCUUGGCUGGCGAUGGACUUCCUGGAUCACCCUCAUUAUGGCGGCGCUGUUCGGAACGAUUGCGCUUUUCAUGAUACCCGAGACAUCAGCACCGAGGAUCUUGCAAACCAAGGCCAGGAGGCUGCGGUUUGAGACGCAGAACUGGGCGCUGCACGCGAAGGCUGACGAGAACCGGAUCGAUGCGAGGCAGAUCAUGACGGUGUAUCUGAUCCGACCAUUCAAGAUGUUCUUCCAAGAGCCAAUUCUAGCUCUCAUUACAGCAUAUAUGAGCUUCAUCUACGGUAUCCUCUAUCUGCUGUUCGAGGCCUACCCCGUCAGCUUCCGCGAACAACGCGGCUGGUCUCUCGGCGUUUCCUCCCUCCCCUUCGUCGCCUUCAUCGUCGGCAUCGCCAUGGGCUCCGGCCUAAUCGCCUACUCCACCGCGACCAACUUCACGCGCGCCUUCGUCAAGCACGGCCGCACCAUCCCCGAAGAGCGCCUGCCGCCCAUGAUCAUCGGCGCCGUCAUCCUGCCCAUCGGCAUGUUCUGGUUCGCGUGGACCAGCAACCCCAGCAUCUCCUGGGUGCCGUCCGUCUUCGCCACCGCCUUCAUCGGCAUGGGCUGCCUCGUUACUUUCUGGCAGGGCAUGUCGUACAUCAUCGAUUGCUACGGGUUCUACUCGAAUAGCGCGAUUGCAAUUAAUACGGUGUUGAGGAGUAUCGCGGGUGCGGGGUUCCCGCUGUUUGCAACGCCGAUGUACCAUAAGUUGGGCGUGGAUUGGGCGAUGAGUUUGCUCGCGUUUUUGUGUGUUGCGUUUAUUCCGGUGCCGGUGUUGUUCUAUGUGUAUGGGGCGAAGAUUCGGGGGAUGAGUCGGUUUACGCCGACUGGGUAA